AUGUAUAGCAGCAAACGCUUGCAAGCUCUUGCCAACACUGGCAGGACCGGUGGAACCCCCAAAGUCACCAGUAUGUAUGGCGGCUGGUACGACGCCCCCAAUGGAAAGCGCUACUUCGGACUGGGCAAGGUGGUGGAAAUCGGAAUAACGCAUGAUGGCGGCACCUACGUCCGAGUCGAGCCCACGGCAACCAGAACCGGAACCAACACCGGCACGAGGUUCGAUUUCUUCGAUCCCGCUACCGACGAGGAUAUGCCUCGGGACCAGUAUCCAAAAGACCUGGAGACCCGCCGGCGGGCAAUCCAUGUCCACCGUCCAGGAACCUUUGUAGGCGAGCCAACGCUGGGCCUGGGCCCUGGUGACACCAAGUACGGUCUCUACAUAUCCGCAAGGAAUGUAACGCACUACGGAGUUGGCAAGAUUGUUCGGGCCGAGUUGGGUAAAGACGGCAAACUAUGUGGCCGCUACACAGUUGAACCGCCCCGCCUACGCGGUGGCCUCCCGUUCUGGGAGCUCUACAUACGUGAGGACAUCCUGGAUGAGGAUCUGCCGCGCUCGCCUUACUCUGGGAGCUUGGAAACGCAGCAGCGUGAGGACAAGAACCGCCCGCGGCGUCACGAGCUGAUCAUGCUGAACUUCAUGGAUGUACGCUUGUCGCGCCAAGGGGGCCAGGUUACCCAUCCGCAGUUGGGCUCGGAGCACGUGGGCGCGUACUUCGCACCUGACGGUCAGUGGUUUGUUGGAGCCGGCAAGAUUGUUGCUGUUGGGUAUGUUCUCUCGCCCAUAAGCCUGGAACACUGGUAUGUGUAUGUUGAGCCGACAGCGGAAAAAGGCGGUGAUUAUGACUUCUUCCACCCGGUAACCCGCGAGUGGAUGGACGAGCUCCCUAGCAAUGCUAUACCCGGCGUGCAAUGCAGUGUAAGCCAGCGCAAAAAGAUUUUUGCUUCCCGCUGGCGGGACCUUCCCCCGAUACGCCGCAAACCCGAGAUUGGCGCCGAGUAUCACGGGCGGUACUGCCCGCCCAGUGCGCCCAAGCGAGACGUGUAUGUUGGUGUGGGCAAGGUGGUUAAGACUGGGAUCAACGAGAAGAAUCAAAUCUGGGUGGAGGUGGAGCCUAUUGCCAGCAAACGUGGCAACCUUCACUACAAGUUCUGGGACCCCUGGAGUGGCAAGGAGAUGCCCGAUCAGUACUGGCCUCUUGAGUAA